CUGGGCGGACGCGGGAUGGCCUGGGCUCUGGUCCUGCUGGCCCUGUGGGCCUCAGUUGCUCGCGCCGGUCACCAGGACGAUGGCGCGUCCUUUGACCUCUUCAGCGUCAGCAACAUCAACCGCAAGACCAUCGGUGCCAAGCAGUUCCGGGGGCCCGAGCCCGGCGCCCCCGCCUACCGCUUCGUGCGGUUCGACUACAUCCCGCCGGUGGGCGCGGAGGCCCUGGGCCGGAUCGCCGAGGCCGCGCGGCGGCUGGACGGCUUCUUCCUCACGGCCCGCCUGAAGCAGGACGGCCAGUCCAGGGGCACCCUGCUGGCGCUCGAGGGCCCCGGCGCCACCCACCGGCAGUUCGAGAUCGUCUCCGAUGGCCCGGCGGACAGCCUGGACCUCACCUACUGGACGGGCAGCGGCCCGCACCAGCUGUCCCUGGAGGACGUGGGCCUGGCCGACUCCCAGUGGAAGGACAUCACCGUGCAGGUGGCGGGGGGCACCUUCAGCCUGCACGUGGGCUGUGACCUGGUGGACAGCGUGGCGCUGGACGAGCCCUUCUACGAGUGGCUGCAGGCGGAGAAGGGCAGGAUGUACGUGGCCAAGGGCGCUGCCCGGGACAGCCACUUCCGGGGCCUGCUGCAGAGCGUCCACUUGGUGUUUGAGGAGUCUGUGGAGGACGUCCUCGGCGGCAAGGGCUGCCCGCCCAGCCAGGGAGCGGAGGCCAACGCCAUCAGCGAGGACACGGACACGCUGCGCCUGAGCCCCCCGGCCGAGCUGCUGGGCCCCGGCGUGUGCGAGCACUCGUGCGAGGAGCUGGGCCGCGCCAUCCGCGAGCUGCAGGGGCUGCGCCUGGUGGUGGACCAGCUGCACGAGAACCUGCGCGCGGUGUCGAGCGACAACCAGUUUUUCUGGGAGCUCAUCGGGGGUCCUCACAAGACAAGGAACAUGUCCGCUUGCUGGCAGGACGGCCGGGUCUUCGCAGAGAAUGCGACCUGGGUGGUGGACAGCUGCACCAAGUGUACCUGCAAGAAGUUCAAGACCGUUUGCCACCAGAUCACAUGCCCGCCCGUGACCUGCGCCCACCCGACCUUCGUGGAGGGCGAGUGCUGCCCCUCCUGCACCCACGCGGCCGGCGAGGAGGGCUGGUCCCCAUGGGCGGAGUGGACCGAGUGCUCGGCCACCUGUGGGCCCGGCACCCAGCAGAGGGGCCGCUCCUGCGACGCCACCAGCAGCAGCUGCCUGGGGCCGUCCAUCCAGACGCGGGCCUGCAGCCUGGGCCAGUGCGACCACCGCAUCCGGCAGGACGGGGGCUGGAGCCACUGGUCGCCUUGGUCGUCCUGCUCCGUGACCUGCGGCGUUGGCAACAUCACGCGCAUCCGGCUCUGCAACUCGCCGGUGCCCCAGCUGGGGGGCAGGAGCUGCAAAGGCGGCGGGCGGGAGACGCGGGGCUGCCAGGGCAGCCCCUGCCCAGUCGAUGGCCAGUGGAGCCCCUGGUCCCCGUGGUCAGCCUGCUCUGUCACCUGUGCUGGGGGCAUCCGGGAGCGGACACGCGGGUGCAACAGUCCCGAGCCUCAGCACGGUGGGAAGGCGUGUGUGGGCGCCGCGCAGCAGCAGCAGAUGUGCAACAAGCGGCGCUGCCCGAUUGACGGCUGCCUGUCCAACCCCUGCUUCCCCGGGGCCGAGUGCAACAGCUUCCCCGACGGGUCCUGGUCCUGCGGCUCCUGCCCGGCCGGCCUCCUGGGCAACGGCACCCACUGCGAGGACCUGGACGAGUGCGCUGUGGUCCCGGACGUCUGCUUCCCGAUGGGCAAGGCCCCCCGCUGCGUCAACACCAACCCCGGCUUCCACUGCCUGCCCUGCCCCCCGCGCUACAAGGGCAGCCAGCCCUUCGGGGUCGGCCUGGAGGCGGCCAGGACGGGGAAGCAGGUGUGCGAGCCCGAGAACCCCUGCGAGGACAGGACGCACAGCUGCCACCGGCACGCGGAGUGCGUGUACCUGGGCCACUUCAGCGACCCCAUGUACAAGUGCGAGUGCCGGACGGGCUACGCGGGCGACGGGCGCAUCUGCGGGGAGGACUCGGACCUGGACGGCUGGCCCAACAGGAGCCUGGUGUGCGCCGCCAACGCCAGCUACCACUGCGUCCAGGACAACUGCCCACUCCUGCCGAACUCCGGGCAAGAAGACUUUGACCAGGACGGCGCCGGCGACGCCUGUGACGAGGAUGACGACAACGACGGGGUCACGGAUGAGAAGGACAACUGCCCGCUGCUCUUCAACCCCCGGCAGCUGGACUACGACAGGGACGAGGUGGGGGACCGCUGCGACAACUGCCCGCAGGUGCACAACCCCGCCCAGAUCGACACCGACCACAACGGGGAGGGCGACGCCUGCUCAGUGGACAUCGAUGGGGACGACGUCUUCAAUGAGCGUGACAACUGCCCCUACGUGUACAACACGGACCAGCGGGACACGGACGGCGACGGCGUGGGCGACCACUGCGACAACUGCCCGCUGGUGCACAACCCCGACCAGACCGAUGUGGACAAUGACCUGGUGGGAGACCAGUGUGACAACAACGAGGACAUCGACGAGGACGGACACCAGAACAACCAGGACAACUGCCCCUACAUCUCCAACGCCAACCAAGCCGACCACGACCAGGACGGCCAGGGCGACGCCUGCGACUCCGACGACGACAACGACGGGAUCCCCGACGACAGGGACAACUGCCGGCUGGUGUUCAACCCCGGCCAGGAGGACACGGACGGUGAUGGGAGGGGCGACAUCUGCAAAGACGACUUUGACAACGACAGCGUCCCGGACAUCGACGACGUGUGUCCGGAAAACAACGCCAUCAGUGAGACCGACUUCCGGAACUUCCAGAUGGUCCACCUGGACCCCAAAGGCACCACUCAGAUCGACCCCAACUGGGUGAUCCGCCAUCAAGGCAAAGAGCUGGUGCAGACGGCCAACUCCGACCCUGGCAUUGCAGUGGGCUUCGAUGAGUUUGGGUCUGUGGACUUCAGCGGCACCUUCUACGUCAACACGGACCGGGACGACGACUACGCCGGCUUCGUCUUCGGGUACCAGUCGAGCAGCCGCUUCUACGUGGUCAUGUGGAAGCAGGUCACCCAGACCUACUGGGAAGACCGGCCCACCCGGGCCUACGGCUACUCCGGGGUGUCCCUCAAGGUGGUGAACUCCACCACGGGCACAGGCGAGCACCUGAGGAACGCCCUGUGGCACACGGGGAACACGGAGGGGCAGGUCCGCACUCUGUGGCACGACCCCAAAAACAUCGGCUGGAAGGACUACACGGCCUACAGGUGGCACCUGAUCCACAGGCCCAAGACGGGCUACAUGAGAGUCUUGGUGCACGAGGGCAAGCAGGUCAUGGCCGACUCGGGACCCAUCUACGACCACACGUUCUCCGGCGGGCGCCUGGGCCUGUUCGUCUUCUCUCAAGAGAUGGUCUAUUUCUCGGACCUCAAGUACGAGUGCAGAGACGUCUGAAGGGGACGCCUGUGCUCUGCGAUGUACUGUAGCGCCGGCCUCCUGGCCAGCUCCCCCCAGCAGCCUCCGUCCUCCUGGCCCCGCCCAGCCCGCCCCGAGUGCCUUCAGGGGACGAACACCCGGCCCGGCGUGAACGUCCACUCGAGGAGAGCUGUCCGGCCGCGGGGGAGUGAAGACAGCGCGGCCGGCUGCCCCCCUGUUCAAGAGAACGACGUUUGCACACAGGGUGGGGCGCCCCUUGCCCGGCGCCCCCGAGGUGAGGGGCGAGUGCGGUGACCCCGCGAGCAGGAACAGCGGCACUGAGAACGCGGCAGCCCCGGGUGGGAGCUGCUCCCGGUCGCUUCCUGCCGGGGCCCAGAGCGGAUCCAACGGCGCAGGAGCCCGGGAUGCGCUUCCUCCAGGACGGCGGGCAGCGGGCUGGGCGGCCGGCCCCUGCGCCUGGACGUCGAGGCUGGCUGGAGCCGCACCCCGGCCUGCGCUGGGGGAGCCGGUCAGCACCUUGGGCCCGGGACUCGGGAGCGGGGAGUGUCGCCCCCUCGGGGGCAGCAUAUUUUGUUAAGGUUCCUGUUAAAAAUGUGUUGUUCAUAUUUAUUAAAUGAGUAUAG